AUGGCAACAAAAUCUGUAGCAACUGCGACUGUAAGGGCCGUUCAAAGAAAAUUACUUCCCACAAGGGCAGCCCUAGUUUUGACUCCAUCAGCUGUUAGUAGGAUAAAAACGAUAUUAAAAGAUAAAAAUGAAUAUAUAGGUCUGAAAAUUGGUGUACGACAAAGAGGUUGUAAUGGUUUGUCAUACACAUUGGAUUAUGCACUAAAAAAAGAAAAAUUGGAUGAAGAGGUAGUUCAAGAUGGAGUUAAGGUAUUUAUUGACAAAAAAGCCCAACUUACCCUAUUAGGCACAGAAAUGGAUUACGUAGAGAACCAACUUAGCUCAGAAUUUGUGUUUAACAAUCCAAAUAUUAAAGGAACAUGUGGAUGUGGAGAAUCUUUUAGUGUAUAG